UAUGCAAACAAAAGAAUAUGAAGCAGAGGAUGAUUUGUUAGGAUCUAUUCUAAGAAGUAAUAUUUUAGUUAACUUAGAUGAUGAUUACGAAGAAGUUUUUUCUAAUAACAGUAGUCCUUUAUGUAAUUAAGGGUUUAAAAGUGAUAGCAUUAUUGAGAAUGUAAGUUUUGAAUCCUUAUAAAAUAGGUUUCUACUUCAGAAAAACAUUAUUUUGAUAGUUUUAACAGAUCGUUUGAGCAGAUGUCUUUAGGAUCUGAUUAAGCUUAAAGUCCAAUGUCUAAUAAAGCUGUCUAUUCUUAGUAUCCUUAAAAUCAUUAAAAAUUUUCAAGAUAAGAUGAUAGAUAGAGUGUAUCAAUAAGUUUUGAUGGUCAUUCAUUUUCAACAUAAGAAAGUUCUAUCAAUUACAGAAAAAAUGGAAAUGAACAUUUUGGAUACUUAAAUAAACAUCAUAAUAGAUAGGUUGACUAUUAAGUCCCAUAUUCUCCAGGAGUAUUAAGACCUAAUGGAAUUUAUUAACCUGGAUUUAAUUAUUAAUAACCAUUGAAUGGAUUAGGUUUUACUGGAUAUUAAUAGGAAAGAUAACCUUUACAUGAUAUAAAUGAUGAUAUCUAAUUGACAAAUGAUCUAGUAAGAUUUUAUGUUUAAUUUAAAUAGGACAAUAUGUGUGGUAAUUAAAUGUUAUCAAGAAAAGUUUAAAAGAUAAUUGAACAUGGAAGACCAGAUCAAAGAGAAUUGAUUUUUAAUAAACUUGAGAGAUCUUGUGUUUAAUUUUCAAAAGAUGUAUUUGGUAAUUAUGUGAUGUAAAAGAUAUUUGAAAAAGGUAUUAAUAUAUAUAUUCUUUAAUAUUAGGUACUCCAAUUCAAUAAUUAAGAUUAUUUAAUAAAAUUAGACCUCAUGCUUAUGAAUUAUCUAAAAAUAAUUUUGGAUGUAGAGUUAUUUAAAAGAUUAUUGAAAUCAUAUCUAAUAAUGAGAAUUUAUAAGACUAAUUUAUUGAUUCAAUUAGACUUUAAGUUAAAUCAUUACUUUAUGAUUCAAGUGGUAAUUAUGUGAUUCUCAAAUGUUUGGAAGUAUUGAAAAAAGAAAAGAUAGAGUUUUUCUUAUAACCAAUUGAAGAUUCAACUUUAUUUUUAUGUUCAUCUUAAUAUGGAUGUAAAAUAUUGUUGAAAGCUCUUGAAUUGUAUUCUCCAAUUCAAACUGAUAAGAUAAUGACUACAUGUUUAUAACAUCAAUAAAAUCUAUGUUAAUAAGAAUUCGGAAAUCACAUCUUACAAUUUGCCAUUAAAAAUACACAUUAUUAACCAUUUGUUGUCAACUUUGUACUUUAACACUUUGAGAUAUUAUGUAUGAAUAAAUAUGCAAGUAAUACUGUUGAAAAGGUUGUGGAAGCCUCUACAAAUGAAGUAAAAUAGCGUAUCAUCUCUAUACUUAUUUCUUUUUCCUAAAUCAAUGGAUUGUAUUAUAAUAUAUUUAUUUAUAUAGAGUAACAUUUGUGAAUUUAUCUAUCAAUCCAUUUGGAAAUUAUGUUAUCAAGAAAAUGAUCAUUAUGUCAAAUCAGAAUAUUUUGUAACCUUUGAUAGACAUUUUGAGAUAAGAUUAAUAUCUGAUCACAGCAAUAAGAUCCUCUGAUUUUGGCUAAAGAAUAUAUUAGCUAAUCGAAAAGACCUUAUUAAUGUACAAAUCAUGAA